GAGCGCGGAAAUAUCGGUUCACUUGCCAUCUCUAUUUAUAAGAAAAUAACAGCACGUGUUGAAACUCUCAUGCGAAUUGUAUUUAUUACUUAUUUGUGAUUAAAAUAGCGACAAUUAUUUUUCCGCAAUGGCUAUGUUAGCGGAACCACGUCGCCGCAAGCGAUACAAUUUGUGUCCCCGUGGCAAAGCACUCUAUGAAGAUGAAAAUCGAUUUGGCACCAAGAUGCUAGAGAAGAUGGGCUGGUCCAAGGGCAAAGGACUAGGCGCCAACGAGGAUGGAAGUCAGGAAUUCGUUCGUGUGCGGUUCAAGAACGACGCCGACGGAUUGGGUUACGAGGCGAGGGACGAUCAGUGGACCAUUCACGAGGAGGGCUUCAACGGCUUACUGAAAUCCCUGAACGGUGACUCCAAUGACAACACUGCUUCCAACGGCAAAGAGUCCGAGUCUGAGGAGGAGGCUAAGCCGAUGGGUUUUGGCUUCAAGGCCCCAGAGACUGAGGCGCCAACUAAGAAGAAGCUGAAGGAGAACAUCAGCGGAAUGUCGCUGGAGGAGAAGUCCAAGCAGAGCAAGGCCCGGGUACACUACAAGAAGUUCACUCGCGGCAAGGACUUGUCGCAGUACAGCGAAAAAGAUUUGGCCAAUAUCUUUGGCAAGAAGGAUACAUCUAAUGUGGAGUGGACUCCAGUCCAAGUAGAGGUGUCGAAGGAGGAAAAGGAAGUGAAUCCCAACUUCGGAGGGGUGCAAACGUUGAGCGCGGGAGUUUCCGUAACUGAUUAUUUUAAGCAAAAAAUGGAGGCUGUGAAGAACCGACUCAAGAACGGGUUGGGCAAUACUACCACGGAAGAUACAUCCAGUGAUACAAAAGUAGGACUGCAAAAUGAGUACUCGAAAGAAGACACAAUUGAAGAAAGUGACCAGGUGGAGCCGGUUAAAAAGAAGAAGAAAAAGAAGGACAAGGAACGGAAUGCGGAAGACCUCCCUGAAGUCGUAGAGGAAGUCGUGGAACCAUCUCCCAAACAAAAGAAAAAGAAAAAAUCAAAAACCUCACCCCAGGAAGAAACAGUGGAAGAGUCCACAAGCUUAGAAGAUAAAGAAGAGACCCAAGAAGACGCUAAUCCGCCCAAGCGCAAGAAAAAGAAGAACAAAAGUGAAAGCCCCGAGGAGGUGAUAGAAUCCCAAAACGCUGCCGACGAGCCUGUUCCAAAAAAGAAGAAAAAAAGUGAAAUGAGCGAGCCAUUGGAAGAGUCCCAAAAUGUAGCCGAAGAAGAACCUGUCCCAAAAAAGAAGAAAAAGAGUAAAAAGUCGGAAUUGGCAGAUCAAGUUGAUGAAACGGAAAUAAAGAAAUCAGAACCCAUAAAUGAAGCCCCAGUGGUCAAAAGCGAGGUAGUCGAAGAGCCCUCAAAGAAGAAAAAAUCCAAAAAACGAUCGAAAGAAGAGCCUGAGGAAGCAACUGAAGUAGUAGUAACUGAAAUAGAUGAAAAGCCCUCAAAGAAAAAGAAAAAAAGCAAAGCAUCCUCGGAGUCCGUACCUGAAGAUCCCUCGUCCGAAGCUAACCCACUCGUCGGCGAGGAGGCCCCACUCAAAAAGCCAAAAGAAUCGAAAAAGAAGCAAAGAGAUGAAGUAAGUUGUGCCAGUGCGAGAUCCGACGAUAAUAGCGAUCAGUCUGUCGAGAAAAAACUUCCAGAAGACCUCUUAUCAUUGGAUGAAAUCCACGAAAGACUAAAAUCAUUCAAUAUCUGUAUCAUCUCUCAAUUUUGCGCAGACAAGUUCCAACUAUUCGACUUGAAUGCAUUUUCGAAUUCGACGCUGGCCAGUCUCGAGGGAUACGGAUUUAGUGAGAAUGUUGACUUGCAGGUGGUGCAGAAUGAUCGCGACAAGGAGCGCAUUUUAAAACUUUGGAAAAACGAUUCCGUUGAUACCCUAAAAACAGAAAAGAAACAUAGAAGAUAUCCAGGACAAGUCAAGCGCGCCACCAUCCGAGCUGUGAAGAAAAGAUCUGCGUUUCAGGGUAUAUAGUUUUAGCAAACGAAAUAUAAUUCAACGUGAUUCUUAUAAUGAUUGUUUUGUACAUAAACAACUUAGUAUAGGUAGUUUGUAAGCUUCUUGGUUUACAUUUUAAUGUGUAACAAAUUAAUUAAACUGAACAAAACUCUUUAAA